AUGGUUACUUGGUUGGCGGCUUCAGCUGCAGGUAUUCCACUGCCUCAGAUCUCCCUUGUAUCCGAGCCAGAGGCCGCUGCUCUCCACUGUUUAAGAGCGAUGCAGCAUAAUACCAUCCAGAGUGGGGAUGUCAUCGUGGUAUGCGAUGCUGUUGGUGGAACGGUUGACUUAAUAUCGUAUUGCGUGAAAUCUGUUAGUCCAACUUACCUUGAAGAGCAGUUGACUGAUUUGCAUAAGGGCUGUUUAUGGAUCGAUGUUGCUAGACGCGAAAUUUAUGGCUUCCCUGAAGGCCCUCUUCGGAGGCUCCGAAUCCAAAAGGAUCCUGAGGGUAUCUAUACAGGCUGCGAUGAGUUGCUGGCGAGACACGUUAAGCCCGACUUCUCGUUCGACGAGGAUAAUGAUGACAAUGACGAGUUUCAAGAGCUCGGGCAGCUCAUCCCAUUUCCGGUGUGGGGGAUAAACCAUCUAUAG